CUCUUGCGCUGCAAGAGUGGUCAAACAUUGAUUGUAACAAGAACUUGGCGGCCUGGAUUUCUCUCGACUGUAUCCACUGAACCCCUGUCACUCCUUACUUCAGUCUUGAGCGCGCCACCCUGCAUUACCCUGUUGCAUGGGCCAGAUUACAACUAAUCAUAUUUUUCCACGCCUUUCGCGACAACCAACAAACCACUUUCUGGGACACACGCCACUUCACCUCGUCUAUGGAUGCAUGCUAGGCCAGACAGGCGGAAUACAACAAAUCGCAACUUGUAGCCCUAUAUCCCGCUGCAGCCCUCUACGUUGAACUAAAAAGCAACAGAUCGACACUUUGGGCGCUUCACGACUCCUUGGUCGCAAUCAGCUUCUACAAAGUCACAGAAACCCACUGUUCUUCCCAAAACUCAGUUUCAACCCCGGCGAAGAUGGACUCCGUUGAGCUCGACCAGACGCCCUUUGCGGCAGUGUCUGCGCAGACAUCCAGAUUAUCGAGACAAUACCAAGCCGUCCUCGACCAGUCAACACCAUAUGUACUGUACCGAUGGAUCGGCACUGGCAUCACACUCGUGCUCUUCUUCGCUCGCAUCUUCGUGGCACAAGGCUGGUACAUUGUCGCGUAUGCGCUGGGCAUUUACCUGCUCAACCUCUUCCUCGCUUUCCUGCAGCCCAAGUUCGAUCCCUCAAAUGAAGCUCUGGACAACGACAUGGAGGACGGCGCAGUCGGAGGUCUGCCGACGAAGCAGGACGAGGAGUUCCGCCCAUUCAUCCGCCGUCUUCCCGAGUUCAAGUUCUGGCACGCAGCUACCCGCGCUAUCGUCAUCGGCUUUCUCUGCAGCUGGUUUGAGGUCUUCAACGUGCCCGUCUUCUGGCCUGUUCUGGUUAUGUACUGGUUCAUCCUGUUCUUCUUGACGAUGCGCAAGCAGAUCCAGCACAUGAUCAAGUACCGCUACGUACCUUUUUCAUUUGGAAAGGCUCGGUAUGCCAAAAACAGCUCAUGAAUGACAAAUCAAAGUGGCAUUCUGUGACAUGAUGCACUGGGCCCUGAUUCAGACGUUGUCUGCUUUUGCAGACGACCUCGGACCUGACAGCAUAAUUCAAAUGUCUUGUUGCGGGUACAAUUUCCUCCUUCAGUUCUCAGAAGUGUUGUAUGAUAUACGAGGAGAGCACUUUCAAGGAGAUGCCCAUUCACAAUGAAGAGGGUCAUCUACGUCUACAAGAUUUAAUAUAUCAUAGGGUUGGUCACUAAGAUCUGGCGAGAUCUGGCUGCAGAGAAUAGCAGAAUGAGGUGGGCGCUGCGCUGGUCACCAAUGAUCCACCAACAGAAGCAGAGAGGCUACCUUAAUUUAGCGUAGCAUGUGAAUGGAGCGAGGGCGUUCGAUUGGUGUGAGCAGCAGAACCUUCUUGGGCUAUCUUUUGCACGAAUUUCUUAGAAAGCAUUGAGCUAUACUGAUAGAAUAAAGAUGCACAAUCUCUUGAAGUGAAUUGAACAAGCGGUUAUUUCAAUAUA